AUGACAUUAUUACGGACGCUGGUACUUCUUCUAGGAGUUUGUAUUAUUUCUUUAAUGGCAUGCGCUCCAUCAAUGCCAAAGCAGCACGGAUAUUGCAAAUUUUAUGUUGAUGGAUCCAGUGAUAAUGAUUCAAAACGAAAGAAACGUGCAACUGCAACUGCGACAGCGUCUGGGACUCCGACGGGUACGGCCAGCGCUUCAGGUGGUUCUGGUACUGCUACCGUAUCUGGGACACCAACUGGAACUGCUUCUGCAAUGGAUUCAAGUAGCUCAGGAACGUCAAGUUCCAGCAGUUCUAGCAGUUCCAGUAGUUCCAGCAGUUCUUCAACAAGUGAAUCAAGCAGCACAAGCGGAUCCGGAAGCACUAGUGGAUCAGGAAGUUCUGGAGGGAAAACAGGAGGAAAAGGAGGAGGAGGAAGUGGAGAAAAAGGAGGAAAAGGAGGAGGAGGAAGUGGGGAAAAAGGAGGAAAAGGUGGAAAAGAAGGAAAAGGAGGAAAAGAUGGUAAAGGCGGCGGUGGAGGUGGAGGUGGAGGAGAUGGUGGUAGUGGGACUGGAAACGGGAAAUUCACUAGAACGAAGAAGAAGAAGGAUACAAAGUGCUACGAAUAUGAGGAUGGAUCGAAAGAUGAUGGAGCAGCACUCAAUCCUGGAGUUAAAUACACCGCGACAGCAACUGCAUCUUAACGAUCGCUCUCACAUGAGCAAAUAGAAUUGAAAAUGGGUCAGACGAUUGAUGUGCAAUCAAUUUAAUGUAAUUUCAAUUUAACCUAAUUAAUGCAAUUUUAGACAUCAAUUUUAAACAUAUUAAACUAAGUAUAGGUUAAAAUGAGUGUACAUAUAAAUGUUAAUCAA